CGUUUUGCCGCUCGGCCGUGCUGAGAAGUGAAGCGAUUUCCUUCCUUUUCCUCCUUUUCUUCUUCUCCUGCUGAGCCCCCCGCAGUUUUCAGUUGACCAAAGAAAUGGUGAUGGAGAAGCCAAGUCCCCUGCUGGUCGGGCGGGAAUUCGUGAGGCAGUAUUAUACUCUCCUGAAUCAAGCACCUGAAAUGCUGCACAGGUUUUAUGGGAAGAACUCUUCCUAUGUCCAUGGAGGCUUAGAUUCCAAUGGAAAACCAGCCGAUGCUGUCUAUGGUCAAACUGAAAUCCACCAAAAGGUGAUGUCCCUGAAGUUCAAGGACUGCUUCACCAAGAUCCGCCAUGUGGAUGCUCACGCCACCCUCAAUGAUGGUGUAGUUGUCCAGGUGAUGGGUCUGCUGUCCAAUAAUGAGCAGCCAUUGCGGAGAUUCAUGCAGACCUUCGUUCUUGCUCCAGAGGGUUCUGUUGCAAACAAGUUCUACGUUCACAACGACAUCUUCCGAUACCAAGAUGAGGUUUUUGGGGGUUUUGUCACUGAGCCACAAGAAGAGUCAGAGGAAGAAGUGGAAGAGCCUGAAGAAAGACCGCAAACUCCUGAGGUUGUCCCCGAUGAUCCUGGGGCUUUCUAUGAGCAAACGGUCAGCAAUGAUCUGGAGGAACACCUGGAUGAGCCUGUUGCGGAGCCGGAGCCCGAAGCUGAGGCCGAGCCUGAACAGGAAGCUGCACCUGAAUCGCAAGAAGAAAAGCAAGAGCCGGUGUUAGAAGAAACAGCUCCUGAGGACACGGAGAAGAGUCCUUCUCCUGUACCUGCAGACACUGCCCCAGUGGUGCAGGAGGACUCCAGGACGUUUUCUUGGGCAUCUGUGACCAGUAAAAAUCUUCCACCUAGUGGAGCUGUUCCUGUGUCUGGCAUACCACCUCAUGUUGUUAAAGUACCAGUGUCUCAGCCCCGCCCAGAAUCUAAACCCGAAUCUCAGACUCCGCUUCAGAGGCCUCAGAGGGUGCGGGAGCAGCGAACAAAUCUCCCACCACAGAGAGGUCCUAGACCAAUUCGUGAUGGAGAGCAGGGUGAUCUAGAGACCAGGCGGAUUGUGAGAUACCCAGACAGUCACCAGCUCUUUGUUGGAAAUCUGCCCCAUGAUGUGGACAAAGCGGAACUUAAAGACUUCUUCCAAAAACUCUGUGUUUCCGUCGCAGGCUAUGGCAAUGUUGUGGAACUUCGCAUCAACAGUGGCGGGAAGCUGCCCAACUUUGGCUUUGUGGUGUUCGACGACCCAGAACCUGUUCAGAAGAUCCUUAGCAACAGGCCCAUUAUGUUCAGGGGCGAGGUGCGUUUGAACGUGGAGGAGAAAAAGACCCGAGCAGCCAGAGAAGGGGAUCGCCGGGAUAACAGGCCGCGAGGACCGGGAGGCCCUCGCAGUGGGCUCGGUGGCGGAAUAAGGGGGCCGCCCCGCGGAGGCAUGUCUCAGAAACCAGGAUUUGGAACUGGGAGGGGCAUUGGCCAGCGUCAGUGAAUUUAUCACAGAUUCCACACAGUGGCACAAACCCAUGCCCCUGCAGCAUUGUGAAUUUCAGCCUUGGGUGUCUUGGAAUGUGACCCUAGUCUGUUUAUAGACUGCUUCGUUUGAUACCAUUUUUGGUCCUUUUUUUUUUUUUUUUUGGGUUUGUUAUGGUUUUGCGUGCAUGUGUGUAUGUGUGUGUGAGUGCGUGCUGUUUUUUCCUAGUCCUUAUCCCCACUUCCAGCUUUGUGGAACAAUAUUUUAGAAAAAGUGGAUUUUAAAAGAAGGAGAAAAGAACUGAAAUUCCUUGCUCACUUCAAAUAUAUGGACUGGAUUUUUUUUUUUUAAUACAACAGCAGCCUUUCCUAAAAGAAUUUGUCUUACUCAUAACUGGGUGUGUUUCAGUCAGUGGAAUAAGUUGGGUUGUUGUUUUUUUUUUUUUAACUUUUGCACAUGUUCCAAGGGCUUGUCAGAGACUCAGGAUUUGAUGAGCGUUUCGAGGGCAGGAAAAACCCACCUUGUUUAUCUCACUGACUUGGAGAUGUUGCCACUGGAAAAAUUGACAGUCGCUCUUGCUCCGUGGCAUGGUUAAAACGGAAUAAAGGGUAUUCAUAAAGGUUUUUUUUUUUUUUUGCUUUUGAUAUAUGAUCACAAAAAAUUCUUAACUACUGUUUUUACCACUUAACAAAUUUUGGAUUGUGCGAUGUUUUAAAUGCCUAAAACAUGAUGUGUAAAAUGCUUUUCCUGAAUUUGUGAAAAGAAAUUUUUUAUUGACGUAGGGAAUUUUUUUCAUGUUUAGUUUGUAUUUGUAAAAAAAAAAGCAAAAUUGUUGUGCCUUCUAUUUAUCUCUCAUUCCAGUCUUGGCAAAUUGUUAAAAAAAAAAAUAAAAAAAUAAAAAACCCUCUAGGUUUGCUUUAUCAAAGUGUAUGUGGGGAAUUUUUCACUUGAGCAUUUUCUGGACUUGUUCCCAACUCAGUUUUGGUCAUCUGUGUAUGUGUUUUCAAUUGUUGGAAUUAAAAAACUGCCAUACUU